AUGUCACGACUUCCUUCUUGUUUAUUUUCUUUGCUGUGCCUACUGUUAAUUCUCACGGGGCAAAUCUCAGGAUUCAUAUGGCGAACGCCACCGCCGCAAACGACUUACCCAGCAAAUCCAGCAGAUAGCUUUUAUCAGGCUUUUCAAACUGUCCCUCCACUCAGUGUGACUGCAAAUAAAUUCAUGUCGAGUUUCUUGGGCAUUAAUAGCAAUUGGUCAGGGAUUUCUAAGAGAAGCUUCUGGAAUGAGGAUGUUGUCGUUGUUAUUGACGGCUCAGGAUCAGUCGGAUCGUGCGAAUUUGAUAAAGGGAAAAAUGCACUUGUAGACUUGAUGGGGAAAAUGGUAAAGCCCCGAUGGGACACCAGAUAUGCAGCUGUAACGUUUUCUUCCUCCUCCAAAGUAAACUUCAAGUUCACGCCACACUCUACAGCGGCCAGCAAAAUUAUGAACAUUCCCUACCCAGGAGGAAGCACCAACACUCAGGCUGGUCUAGCAGAAGCCAAGAGGCUGCUGUUUGAUGACCUUUCGUCAGGUCGUCGUGAACGUUCAGAAAAGGUAGUUAUCCUCAUCACUGAUGGUCAGUCAAACGAACAAAAACACUUGACCAUACCCAACGCUCAGGAACUAAAGAAAAGACAAGUAAAGAUUAUUGUGGUUGCUGUUGGAUCUUACAUAAACGGAAUAGACGAAAUGGUAAAGGUAGCCUCCGACCCGCCCACGGAUCACAUGUUUAGAGUUAAAACGUUGGGUGCAUUUCAUGAGGUCAUCAAGCUCAUUUUAAAGAAGGCCUUUCCUGGUAAAUGGAUCAGAAUUUCUUCCGGUCAAUAUAAUCCUCCGUGCCGAUAUGGAAAGUGA